GGGGAGGAGAUAAAAACAUGUGCUUACAAUCUUUAUGUGGUCUCAUCAAUUUGAAGAGAAAGUUGAAGCAUGUAAUUUUGUACUUAUUUUCUCAUUUUAUCUCUUCACAAUCAGCAUACUUAUUUAUUAAAUAUGUUUAUAUUUACUAAGUAACCUUUUCUAUUUCUAUUCUGCCAACGAAAUAGAAGAAGAGAAAAAAUACAUACCUCAAGCUUUGGCCCCCGUUCCUCCUUUUCUAUUCCUUGGUAAGCGGGCCAUGGGAGCAUGAGAGGGGGGGUGUAUCAGCUUUUGACUGAUAGAAAGUGGUACGACUUUAUACUUGAAUACGGGGAAACGAACCUCAAUAAAACAGAAAGAGAACCCAGGAGGGAAGUGAGACCGUUCAUUAUCUUCUCUUCUCUUUUACUAUUAUACCAAAUAAAUUAUAAAAUCUCUUUUUAUUUCACAACUUUCUUUACUCAUUUUCGCUCUUCUCUCUUUUUCUCUAAACCAAAAAAAGUAUAUGAGUUUGGUUGUAUGGGGGCACUCCUAACUUUGUGAAGCAAUGUAAGACACAUUAUUCUAAUACUAUGUAUAUCAUUGGUGUAAUAUUUUAAAAAGUUAGUGGGGGCAGCUUCCCCUAAUCUAAUCUUAUAGGUGAAUCCUUAUUGGAUCUAUUUUUCAUGUACUUUAGAUUAUGACUAAUAUUUAGAAGCAUUUUUACGGUUGAACGAGUUAAAGAUAUAAACCCUACACCAUGACAUUUGCAGUUAUGUGGUGAUGAGUAGUUACAUGGUAGUUUUAGAGUUUCAAAUGAAUAUACGUAAGGCUGGCCAAAGAAGGAGGGAUGUUCACUUCAAUGAAACAAGCUAAAUUUAGAUUUUUCUCUUUGGCAUUCUGAAUUUGGUCAUCUUUGGUUGACUUCGUGAACACAAAUGUGAUGAGAAAAGAAAAAUAAAGAAACAAUGGAAAAUGUCAUUAUCUUAAUAAUUCAUAAAUCAAAUCGGGAGUAGGAGCUGUAUUUUAUAUUUUUUAUGUUUACAGUCCUUGAACGUGUAUAUAUCUAAAUCAUUUUUCUUUUUCAUAUUGCAACCAAUCAUGUAGGCAAUAUAUAUCCACCUGACAUUUCAUUUGGUGGACUUUUUUCAAUAAUCAUUCAUUUACAUUUCAACCUCACCUAUCUCUAUUAAAUGAGAGAUAAAAAGGAAAAGAGAUAUAAAUAAAAGAUACUCCAAUCGCGGCCGGAAAGAAAAUAAGAAAGAGUUAGAAAGAAGAAGUAAGUAGAAAUGAGAUGAAAAAGAAAAUACAAUGUGAAUAAAUUAAAUUUUUUUUAUGAUCCCCAAUCAGCGCACUACUUUGAAAUGAGACGAACUUUAUAUUUGAUACCUCUCUACGAUGUGUCUGUAUCUUUGUUUAUUUUGUUAAUCUAACUCACCCCAUUAAUGUUAUAACCCAUGCUAAUAAUGUUUAACAUAAUUAAAUACUAAAAUAGCCACCUUUGAGCCAACACGCUCAAUGUGAAUGUAGCAUUCACAUCCACACUAUUCAUUUUAAGUAUUUAUAUAUAUAUAUCAAGUGUCUCAUAGUGUUUGCAUAUUCAUUUCAAUUUUCAAGUUUAGACAAACAUCACAAAAAUCUCAAAAAAUGGGUUAUCUUCCUUUAAUUGCCAUGAUAGGUUUACAAUGUUAUUAUGCAAUUCUUGCCAUCCUCACAAGAGCAGCUAUGUUUGAUGGAUUGAGUCCACCAAUCUUUGUAGUCUACAGGCACGGCAUAGCCACUUUGGCACUCACACCUAUCUUCUUUUCCUCUAAGAGGAGACAAUCUUUAAAGAGUUCACUAACAUUAAAGAGCUACUCUUGGAUGUUUGUCACCUCUCUUAUUGGAGCUACAGCAAAUCAGAAUGCAUAUUUUAAAGGUUUGUAUUAUGCAUCUUCUACAGCAGCUACUGCAAUGACUAAUCUCUUACCGGCAUUAACUUUUCUCAUUGCAACAAUUUUUGGAUUUGAGAAAGUUGAUCUGAGAAGCUUGAGAUUCAUCGCCAAGAUAUUAGGGACUGUUUGUUGCGUGGUUGGAGCAUUAACCAUGGCAUUGCUGAAAGGACAUAAGCUGCUAAACACAGAGUUCAUUCCUUUUAUUCAUCUCACUGCAUCUCGAGGUGACGAUUGGCUCCUGGGGUGUCUUUUGCUGUUAGCAAGUAGCUUCUUUUGGUCAAGUUGGAUGAUCAUGCAGGUACCAACUUCUUCAUUCUGCCCAGACCAUUUAUUGUCAACCUUCGGUAUGUGUUUCUUUGCAACAAUACAGUCCGCCAUAUUUGCAUUGCUCUCUGGGGAGAAUCUUCAAGCAUGGAUGUUACCUUCACCUCUUCAAAUUUCAUGCUGUUUAUAUGGAGGAAUUGGAAUUGCUGUUAGCUUCUUCAUUCAAUCCUGGUGCAUCUCAAUAAGAGGUCCCUUGUACUGUGCAAUGUUCAGCCCUUUAGCAACUGUCAUCACAGCUUUGAUAACUGCUACAUUCCUACAGGAAGAGCUAUAUGUUGGAAGUUUGGUAGGGGCUGUUGGAGUCAUCACUGGUUUAUAUAUUGUGCUGUGGGGUAAAGCCAAAGAGUUUGAUGAGAUUAAACAAGAGGUGCUACCGUCAAACAUGCAGGGUGAUGAGAUAAGUAGCAGGGUAGAUUUGGAAGAACCUCUUCUUCUACCAGAGAAGUCAGAACAUGUAGACAAGAACAAGAUGGAGCCCUGAUGUGACUAAAACAUGAUGAUGGUUUUGGUGAAACUUGAUCACUUCAGAAUUGAAGAAACCAAAACAGGACCAGGUGGAAGUUUCUUGGGUUUUGUUUGGAGCUUGGGUUUCUUUAGGGGCUUCUUGGGGCUUGUGAGGGCUUUUAGGUGGUUUUGUAUAGGGUUUUUUCUUUCCUUGCUGCACUGGGUUGGUUGUUAUUCGGUUUGGCGUUCUUUCUUGUGUUUGAUGACUUUUAUUUCUUUGGAGGAGAGUGUAUAUCCUGCCCAUUUCCUCAUCAAUACAGAUAUUGCUUUAGAAAAAAAAAAUGAUUAAUUUCCCUCACCAAAAUUUCUAAUGAAGAGAACCAAAAAGUAAAUUCAAGAUAAU